AUGCCAGGGCACGAUCAGUAUGGGCUUCCUGUUGCAUACUACCGUGGAGGUACAAGCAAAGCCCUCUUUUUUCGCGAGGAGAAUCUUCCCAAGCCCGGUCCUCAAAGAGACAAAAUCCUCAAGCGGGUGAUGGGAUCUCCAGAUCCAUUGCAGAUCGAUGGAAUGGGUGGUUCCAAAGCAGUUACGUCAAAGAUUGCUAUUAUAAAGAGAUCAGCCCGUGACGACGCAGAUGUGGAUUAUACUUUCGCCCAGGUCGGUACGGCAGAUAAUGUCAUUUCAUAUGAUGCAAACUGCGGCAAUAUCUCAGCAGCGGUUGGUCCAUUUGCAAUUGAUGAAGGGCUUACCACUUAUCGACCAGGUAGCUCGGGUGACCCUCAGCUAAAAGCUCAAGAAGUUCGCAUCUACAACACCGGUACUAGGAAACUUAUUAUAUCUCAUGUUCCUAUUGAUGAUAAUGGAUAUGCUGUUUCAAAGGGAAAUCAGGAAAUUUCUGGAGUGCCUGGGGCGGGAGCUCCUAUCCUGAUGGAUUAUAAGCAUACAUUGGGAGCCACCUUAUCAAAGGGAAUAUUCCCUUCCGGAAGGCUAGUGGAUAUAGUCAACAUAGCUGGAAAAGAUGUGCAGGUCACGAUCUGCGAUGUUGCCAACUGGUGUGUUUUUGUCAACGCAUCUGACUUUGGGAUCACUGGCCACGAGAGCGCGGCUGAAUUGACCGCAAACGCAAGUUGGAUAGAGAAUUCACAAGAACUCAGGGGUAAAGUUGGACAACUGCUGGGUCUAACUUCAGACUGGAGA